AACGAUCCGCCCGAAUUGUUGUUCCGCUUCCGGCAGCACCAGAUAAGUCGCGAGUGGAACCUUCAAUGCUGUCGUUUGCACUGACAGAGACUUCGAGGCAGAAUCUUCCUAUGUCAUGAACUGAUGGGCUCAAGGGAUCUUUUUGUCUCAGCCUCCUAAAGAGUUGGACUCCAGGAUCACAAUGGUCCGCAGUGGGAAAAAUGGCGACCUCCAUCUCAAACAGAUUGCAUAUUAUAAAAAAACGGGCGAAUAUCACCCAAGCACACUGCCAAGUGAGAGAAGUGGCAUAAGACGAGCAGCAAAGAAGUUUGUCUUUACAGAAAAAAAGCUGUUUUAUGUUGGGAAAGACAGAAAACAGAAUCGUUUGGUAGUUGUUUCAGAAGAAGAAAAAAAGAAAGCCCUACGAGAAUGUCAUGAGAAUGACUCUGGGGGUCAUCAUGGUAUCUCCAGAACGCUCACUCUAGUGGAAUCCAACUACUACUGGACUUCAGUGACCAAUGAUGUCAAACAGUGGGUAUAUGCUUGUCAGCAUUGCCAAGUGGCAAAAAAUACAGUUAUUCUAGCACCUAAACAGCACCUUCUUAAGGUGGAAAAUCCGUGGAGUGUAGUUACUGUUGAUUUGAUGGGACCUUUUCAUACAAGCAACAGAAGUCAUGUAUAUGCUAUAAUCAUGACUGAUUUGUUCACAAAGUGGAUUAUGAUUUUGCCUUUAUCUGAUGUUUCAGUGUCAGAAAUUUCUAAAGCUAUUAUAAAUAUAUUUUUCUUAUAUGGACCGCCUCAAAAAAUAAUAAUGGAUCAAAGAGAUGAGUUCAUUGAACAGAUCAAUGUUGAAUUGGGUAGAUUAUUUGGUGUAAAGCAGGUUGUAAUAUCUCAUGCCUCUGGAAGUAUUAAUCCAUCUGAAAGUACACCAAGCACAGUUAGAACCUUUCUCUCCAAACACUGUGCUGACCACCCAGACAACUGGGAUGAGCAUCUAUCAGCUCUCUCAUUUGCCUUCAAUGUAACUCAUUUGGAGCCUACAAAAAAUACACCAUAUUUUCAAAUGUUUAAUCGGAAUCCCUAUAUGCCAGAGUCAUCAGGUAGCCCUCAUGAAGUGGAUGUUAACAAUACAAGUAUGUUUGCCAGAAUUGUAGAUGCAAUUAAAGAAGCUGAGAAAAUAGUGGAGACUAAGACCACAUCCGUGGGCCAGAAUGAGAACAACAAUUUGAAUGAAACAAAUAAAAGCAAGAUUGCUAAAAAGAAAGCAAAGCAAUUAAAUCCAUUUCAUUUAAAAGUAGGACAUGAAGUUUUAAGACAAAGGAAAAACUGGUGGAAGGAUGGCCGUUUCCAGUCUGAAUGGGUUGGCCCUUGUGUCAUAGACUAUAUUACAGAAAGUGGAUGUGCUGUCCUAAGAGACAAUACUGGGACUAGACUGAAAAGACCUAUCAAAAUGUCCCACCUUAAGCCUUAUGUAAGGGAGUCCAGUGAACAAGACAGUCUCUUUCUCUUGCAUGGGUCAGUCGUGGCAGAUCAUGACUAUUUUGGAUUGCCUGAUAUUGGAGCAUAUCAAGCAAACAUUCUGGUAGAAGAUACAACUAUUGGCGUAGUUGAUAAUGAGUUACUGACAUCAAGCAAGGACUGUGAACUUUUAGAAUAUAGAGAUUCCAAAGUCUGUCCUUUGAUAGAAGGGCAUGAUACUCUUGAAAAACAGACUUUCAGUCUACUGGACUCUUCAAAUCAAGUACUUGAGCACUUAAGUUAGUAAAAACCCAAAUUCAUUUCAAAUGCUUUUUUACAAUAUAUAAACCACCUGAGUCUUUGUAUGUUAUCUGUUAAAAUAAUGUUAUAUAGAAGCAGUGUUUUGACACAUACUUAAUGACUAGUUUCUGAAGGUUUAUAACUAUUUAUCUAUAAUGUUGUGGCCCAAUGGAAUAUUGACAUACACUUUUAUAUCUGCAACAUAAACAUAUAAUAGACAGAAUUUAGGUUUUUGUUUUAUUUUUUCUUCUAUGUAAAGAAAAGAAAUAAAUAAACAAAUAAACAUUGCUUCUUAGGAAACAAAUUCCAGCAGCAAACUUUCAAACCUUUGUCUGAUAUUGGUACUAUAUUUUCAGUUCUAAUUUUUAUAAAAUGUCUCCCCCUUUCAAAUAAGUUUAAACUACUUUGAAUGAGUUAAUAAAUAUUGAGUGAAUUCUAAACUGAAUGAAAUUAAACUUCAUGUGACAUUGGAA